AAGUGAAAGAGCUGAGCUAUGGCGUCCACCGUCCCGGUUCUUCUGCUCCUGGCUGCGGUUUUAUUCACGGCGACAUUCGCCGACGAUGACUGCAAAAGCUACAUUACCAGCACUGGUAUGCUGAAGCCCUCUGAUGACUGUGGGUUUUCACAAUUCUGUUGUGGGACGUGUGAUAACAGAUACUGCUGCUCCAAUCAAAUUAAGAAGUUAUCCGAGGAUGACCAAGAAGACUGUUUUUUCAAUGAGCAUAAGUCUGUCGUUGUCGGCGUGACCAUAGCGGGGAUUGUGGUCUUCAUCAUUAUGUUCAUCAUCUGCUGCGUCUGCCCCUGUUGCUGCCUCUACAAAAUGUGCCGAACACCCAGACCUGUUAUGGGAGCAACGACCACUACAGUCGUAAGCACACAGUACCCUCAGCAGCCUGUUGUUCAGGGAGGUCAGUACCCGCCGUACCAGCCCAUGCUGUCUCAGGCCGGGUAUGGCGGCACACCAGCUUAUGGAGGACAACCCAUGCCGACGGGACCAUAUCAGGGCCAGCCAUAUGCAGCGGGACCACCACCCCCAUAUCAGGAGACCAGAGGCCCAGGAUAUCCUGUUCCCUACAGCCAGGCUGCGUAUGAUGGCGGGCAGGCCACGUACCCCAUACAACCACCAAUUCAGCCCGGCUUCGCUCACCCGCCCCCACCAACAGACUACAGCUCGACUCAACCGGCUUACAACCCCGCCUACGUGGAGCCACCAAAGACCGGCUACUAAACCACAACCUGGAUUGUUGAUGGUUACGUAGUCUUAUCCUACAAUUGCGCAAUGUACAUCUACUGUGGACAGCAUCCUCCAAUCGGGUCGGGAAUUAAGUAAUCGGUUUUCACUAUCAUUGUGCGCUUGUCUGCCAGCAUCGUUUUCUUUACACUUAAUUUUAUAUAAAUAUAUUUUUAUUUACUCCAGCCGUUGUGUGUGACUCCAAGCCAUAUAAUGUUUUCGUUUUGUUUGUUUUUGUCCACUAAGCAAAAGGGAAUAUGUUUUACCAGCCUCAGAACUGACAACACGUUUCAUCUUGAAAUGCCGUUAAACGCCUUAAAUAUCGCCAGCUUUAUUUUAUCCUGGGAAUUUGCACAAAACGUCGACACUUUUAUCAGUUGGUGCAUUUGAACAACGCCAGCAUGCUGUUUAGAUGUUUUCACAAUUCACGUAGCAUUCAGGUUUAUGAAUUUGUGAAUGUUUGUAACAGUGUCCUCAUGCUCAGAGAUCCAGAAUAUGCCUUAUUUAAUGCAGCAAAUUACAUGUGGACACCUUAAACACAACGUUCCCACCGUGUGUUCGGAUAAUUUUAUGGAAUUUGGCUUUUGGAUGUUGUUGAAAUUCCAUGUUUAUGGAGGAGGCGUCAACACGUUUUAUAUGUUUCCCUUGUGAACUCUAUCCUUGAGGGUCUGAAAAGCAUUUGAAUAUUGCUGUGUGAGAAAGAAUGGCCAUAAUUCGGUCCUGACUGGAAGACAAAUGACUAUAAAUAAUGUGAAACAUUCAUUUUUAAACAUUAAAAGCCACUCAAGGUCAGAAAGAGGGUGAAAUUGUAAGAUAUUUGGUUCUCUGGAAAAUGCUGCGACAUGCUCUUCCAUGUUAUGAAGUUAGGUCAUAUGUUAUCAAUCUUGCACAGAUUCCUGUUGGGUGUGUCAGGUCACGAUUUUGGGAUGUUCUUGGUUUAUUAACUGUAUUGUAUGCUAAAACUGAUCAGUGUUUUACGUUUAAAUGUUUAUGUAUUCAAGCAUCUCCAUGUUUGCAACCGCAAAUAAAAAGAAAUUGUGCUGGAA